AUGCACACAGUAACAUGUGGGUGUGGACGGAUGCGCCAGGAACGCCGCUGCAAUGCAGCAAAAGCAGUCAUCUCCAAAGGACAGGUUCAGCAGCCAGAACGAUUGCCAGUACUCACCCCAUUGACUUGCGAUGAGGAAUGUUCGCGUUUAGAGCGCAAUCGAUCUCUGGCUUCUGCACUUGGCGUCGACAUUAACCAACAGACCACUGUGCAAGCAUUCACACCCAACAAUCUCCCCUAUUCGACUGAAACAUUGGAUCAAUACAUCAAAUUGGCCUCCACAGUCUCGCUGUCUACCCUGCAGACAUUCGAGUCAACCUUGCACUCCCUGGCAACAGAUACAUCCAAUCGAUCUAUCCGCUUCCAGCCUGCAAAGACCACCAUCCGAGCAUUCACGCACUCCCUGGCCACAGAUUGGGGAUUCGUAACAGAAAGUCAUGAUCCGGAACCCCACCGCCACGUCUUCGUUUUGAAACCUUUGACAUGGACACCACCUGUCUUCGGACUAGGCACCGAGACCACCAUUGGAAUUGGCGGAAUGAGCGUACGCGAGUGCGUUAAACUCCGCGAACGUGAACGAAACAAGGAGCGCGAAGCACAACGUGUUGCCGCUCUAGAAUCCAAGGCCGCCCGUGACGCCGCCAAAGCACAGGCCGGCGGUAGUAGCUCGGAUGGAUGGGCACAGGUUGCCUCUCGGGUUAAGAGACCGGGAGAGGCCAUCAACACUAGUACUAGGAGUACCACGCCCAUUCAGAGCUCUUAUGCGAAUUCGUUCAGGAACCGCUCUAUGUUUGCUGCGCUUGCCGAUACAGCUGGUUCCGGGUCUAAGAAGGAGAAGCUUGUUCUUCGAUCCGGCGUUGGUGUUGGCAAGUCAUUGCGUUCACAGACUCCUGCUGAGGUGGUUGAUAGCUGGGAAGAAGCUGAAGAGAAGGAAGAAGAGGUUGAACGGAAGCAGGAGCAAACUGAAGCUUCUUUAGAGGCACAGGGACAACAGGGGGAGGAAGAGUCACAAGAGCAAGCACAGGAACAAGCACAGGAACAGCCGCAGGAACAGCUGCAGGAACAGGAAGAAGCAAGCCGGGAGGAUCUGGUGAACGAUGUGGAGUCUCAGGAAAUCAUCACGUCUGAAGUCGAGGCGAAAGAGUAG